ACGUGGAAAAUAUCACCACACCCAAACUCGAUUACCGCGAGGCUGUUGAUCGGUUUGAUCGUCAAAAAGCAUUUGAUAUGUAUUGGAAAGAUGUGUAUGGUAUUGAUCGAGAAUCACGACGCAAUCAGUAUAUAGGAUCGCUUGAGUUACCAAAUGGUCGAUGUGUAGUUUAUCCCAAUCGAUACCAACACAAAGAACAAUCAUUUGAACUUGCAGAUCCAACUCAACCAGGACAUUGCAAGAUUCUGACAUUUUUUGUAGUGAAUCCGUCUCGUCGGAUUGUUUCGACUGCGCAUGUGGCUCCACAACAACCACAAUGGUACAACUCGAGUCUUGACAAGACACACAUACCGCCUGAACUGUGGAAUGAUAUCACGCAGUAUAUUCAAGGUGUUCAAUCACCAACUAAAGCCAAACACUAUCGAGAUGAAUUGACAAGUGACCGAACUCAAAUCACAGCAGCAUACAAC